AUGCAACAUCAGCUACGUCAGAAUCCGACAUCAUUCGCUGACGGAGAGUCAAAAGAAAUCGCAGUACCGCAAAAUUCGGAUAACACAGCGAGCACUAAUAGCACAGGGCAAACUCCCAGAACACAUAUAACACGACUCGAUGCAGAGAUGGAAACGCGAAGGCAGAAAGACGCCCGCAGCGAAAACGAAAAUGCAGAAGACAACGCUACACGAGAUGGCUCCACUGAUAACGAGACGACGAAUGAUGAAGUUUUUUACGAUCUCAAGCAAACAUCCGAUAUACCGCCAGCACAUUCCACCAGUAAUACCGAUAUUAUUACGAAAAAUUUUGAAAAUUCGAACGAGCAUAAUCAUGCGAAGAAUAAUCAUGCGAUGAAAAGCAUUGAGAAAAUAGUGAAAAGCGUACCGAAAUCUUAUCGUAAGCAUGCACACUUACUGAUGAAACAUUUGAUUCGAAAUACCAUGCCUGAUAGGAAUAGUUGGGACGAGCAUGGAACCGUGACUAUAGAUGGCAACGUCGUGAAAGAGUCGAAUAUCACUGACUUGAUAAACGACGCAAUGCGCGAGAGAAAAACUGUGAAAGCAGUAAUGAUUAUCGAUGUACUAAGUAAAUACGUAUGGGUAGAACCGUUACGCGACAAAACGAGUAACUGCGCAAUAAAAGCUUUUCAACGUGUACUAGCGAAAAGCGAAGGACGAGUACCCGUAUACCUGCAAACGGACAAGGGUAAAGAAUUUGUCGCGCAAUCAAUGCAGAAAUUUCUUAAAACAACCAACAUUCGGGUAACGCGCAAUUCAGACGUCAAAGCCGCCAUCGUCGAGCGCUUCAACAGAACACUGAACGAAUGUGGCGUUAUUUUACGCAAAAAUACGCGACGCUACAUUGAUGUUCUGCAGGACAUUGUACACGCUUACAAUCACACGCAUCACUCGUCCACGAGAAUGCAACCUGCGGUAGUAACGAGAGAAAACGCACGUAUCGUUCGUGAAAAUAUAGCUCGUCGUUGGAAAAACGAAACGUUAAAGAAACGGGUGCGAAAAGUUAAAUAUCGCGUCGGAGAUCACGUUCGUAUCAGUAGAGCGAAAGGUGCCUUCGAGAAAGAAUACGAGGCUAAGUGGAGCGAGGAGAUAUUUCAAAUUUACCGUGUUCUCGAUUGGCGAAACCCUCACGUGUACGAACUGCGAGAUUUAGCAGGCGAAGUGAUAGACUGUAUUUUUUAUGAGCAAGAAUUAGCUCGAGUUGAGAAAAACAUAGAAGAAGAACAAUUUAUCGUCGAUCGCGUGAUAAAGAGUAGAGGACGAGGAGCUAAUAAGCAAGUGCUUGUUAGUUGGCGCCGUUAUCUCA